ACUCACCUGCACAAGCACAGGAACGGACACCUAACCCGAACAAAGGAUUCUGAGACCCCAGACCCAUCGCUCACACUGUGGACUGUAUUUGACUGAAUUAUGUGUUCUGGAAAUUGCGCCAAAUGCCUGGGGGUAACCCUCAUCCCGCUGGCCAUCAUCUGUAUCCUCUGCAACAUUUUGCUGUUUUUCCCGGGUGGUAAUGUGACCGAGAGCAGCGAAAUCACGGACGAAGUCUUUUACCUCGGAGGAAUUCUGGGAUCUGGUGUGCUGAUGAUUUUCCCUGCACUGGUUUUCCUGGGCUUGAAGAACAAUGACUGCUGCGGCUGCUGUGGGAAUGAGAGCUGCGGAAAACGUUUUGCGAUGUUUGGCUCCAUUCUGUUCGCCGCGGCCGGAGCUGUGGGCGCCGCUUACUCCGUUAUUGUGUCUUGUGUGGCCAUUAAUCACGGGCCCAAGUGCUUCACUACCUUUCCCAAUGGGACUAUCUAUAACCUCACUUACCCAUUUGCUGACGGGAACUACCUGUCCAACAGAACGCUGUGGGAUAUAUGCGGUGGUCCGGGUGAUAUCGUCACGUGGCAUCUGACCCUGUUCUCAAUCCUGUUGAUCACCGGUCUGGUUCAGAUCGGUCUGUGCGCUUUCCAGGUGAUCAACGGGCUCAUCGGCACCAUCUGUGGAGACUGCUGCGGCUGCUGCGGGAGCUCCUAAACCACUCAGAAUGGACUUGGAUCAGUGGAUCUUCAGGACUUAUCAUACAUCCAUAUCUGUAAUUGUCAACAGUUUGUCACCUCAUAAUUUGUAUUUAUACUGUUUAGAUGGAUGUUGUUUGUUGUAUACCUCAUCUGCCUGAUGGCUGAUGAAGACAACAGAUAUUUUUAUAUACUGUUAUAUACAGUAUAGCCUACAUAUGUAUUCAUAUAGAUUUAUAUGAUAUAGGAUAUUGAUAAAUAGUGUAUUGAUACAUAUUGUAAAGAAUAUUGAAUAUUUAUUCAAACUGUAGGAGAAUGUUAUUUUCGUACAAGUAUUCAGGCUUUUUUUAUUGAUGGAUGAAGGCAACGUGCAAAUAUAUGGAAUAUUUGAUAAAAGUUAACAGGUUUUAUCUCAGGAAAUUGGUUGAAAUGUAGUAAAAGAAUAUUUGACACUUAAUAAACUCUUGAAGCUGU